GAGUACCCACUGCAGACCUGCUGCUGUGCAACUGCUGGCGGAUUCUCUAACCUUCACCUAUUCUUCUCAGAUCCGGUAAGAGCCGUCCUCGUGCCGUCUACGGCUGAUCUUUCGGCGCGCAAUCGCGGCGAUGGGGGUGGAGAUCCACGUGAAGCACCUGUCCAACACCAAGUACUCGCUGGAGGUGGAUCUAUCGGCCACGGUGCGCGACCUCAAGGAGCAGCUCGUCGCCAAGUCGGGCAUCGCCGUGCCGCAGCAGCGCCUCAUCUUCAAAGGCCGGAUUCUCAAGGAUGACGUCACCCUCGACAGCUGCGGCAUAGAGGCGGAUUCCACGCUGCACCUAGUCCGGGGAGGCGGCGCAGCAGUAGCGGCCGGCCCAUCCGCGACUCCGUCGGCCGCGCAACAAGGCACAGCCGCCGCACCGUCAGCAGCCGCACCACAGGCGGCAGCAGCAGCGGGCGCAGCCGCCGGAGGCCCCCAGCGCGUCCCCCCCGACCUGCUGGCCGCCGCCCUGGGGGGAAGCGGGGGCGCGGACCCACUAGGACUGGGGGGACUAGGCGGGCUAGGCGGGCUGGGGGGGCUGGGCGGACUGGGGGGCCUGGGGGGUCUCGGGCUUGAGGGCGGCGCAGGGGGGGGGCUGCCGGGGUUGGAGCAGUUUCAGCAGCAGAUGCUGCAGAACCCCGAGAUGAUCCGCGACAUGAUGAACAUGCCCGCCGUGCGCGCGCUCAUGGACAACCCCGCCGUCAUGCGCUCGCUGCUGGCCAGCAACCCGCAGAUGCAGCAGCUGAUGGAGCGCAACCCCGAGCUGGCGCACGUGCUCAACGACCCCGCCGUGCUCCGCCAGACCAUGGAGGCGGCGAGGAACCCCGAGCUCAUGCGCGAGAUGAUGCGCACGACGGACCGCGCGAUGAGCAACAUCGAGGCGAUGCCGGGCGGGUUCAACAUGCUGCGCAACAUGUACCACAACGUGCACGAGCCCCUCAUGGACGCCGCCACCGGGGGCGGCGCAGGGGGAGGCACGGCUGGGGCGGGGGCUGGGGUGGCUGGGGGGGGUGGGGGGGGUGCGACGGGUGCACCGGGUGCGGAGGGUGCUGGUGGCCCGGCGAACACGGCUCCGCUGCCGAACCCAUGGGGGGGUGGAGCGGCAGGCGCUCAGCGCACCGCGCCUGCAGGGCUGGGCAGCGGGCUGCCGGGCUUGAACGUGGUGGACCUGCCGUUCGCGCCCAUCGCACUCGCCGACCUCUCCGACCCGCCAGCCGUGCUGCGCUCUCUCGUGCUGCUGCGCGUGCUGCUGCGCGUGCCGGGCGUGGCCCAGCAGCUGGACGAGCGCCUGGGCGACGCCGACUUCGUGGCGGAGGCGGUGCGGGCGAGCACGCUGCUGCAGGGGCAGGUGGACGCCAGUGAGUCACUGCGCGCACUGCUGGGGGACACGGCGGCGCUGCGACAGCUGGUGAGCGGCGAGGGGCUGGAGGCUCUGACUCGGGCGGGCGUGGUGGAGGGGCAGCUGGUGGGCAGCAUGGGCAUGGUAAGGCGCCUCAUGGGGGGCGCGGGGGGAGGGGGGGGGGCAGCAGGGGGAACUGGGGGAACAGGAGCAACCGCUGGGGGGACUGGUGCGGCAGGAGCCGGGGCAGGUGGCGCAGCAGCGCCAGGGGCAGCAGGGGGGGCAGGGGCAGGAGGAGGGGGUGUGGGGGACCUGGAUGCGCUGAUGCGGACCCUCAUGGGGCCCGCCAUGGCUGCAGCCGCUGCACGAGGAGGGGGGGGCCUGGAAGGGCUGGGCGGGCUGGGAGGGUUAGGAGGAGGGCUGGGAGGGCUUGGAGGGCUGGGAGGAGGGGCGGUGCCGCCGCCAGGGGUGUCAGCGGAGGACUUCUACGCAACGCAGCUAGGGCAGCUGAGGGACAUGGGGUUCGGCAACGAGCAGGACAACAUUGCCGCGCUCAGGGCUACAGGGGGCAACGUGCAAGCCGCCAUUGAGAGGCUGCUGGGGGGGUAGAGUGGGUUUGGUAGGGAUGGUGCGUUGAGGGUGUUUGAUGUUUUUGAGCUCCUGCAAGAUGUGUAUGAGACUCGGUGUUCAGAGGCUUCAAUUAUGGCAGCUCGUGAGAUACAAGGGACAUUCAUGUGUGCGUCUGUUUGUGUACAUGCGACUGGGAAUGUACCAGUAAUGCAGCACCUGGAACUGCACGCAGUCCUCAGUCUUUGGUCUCGUGCACACACGCGCGACCACCUACGUCCCCGAUCCGACUCCCCUGUCCGAGAUUCCUCGGUUCCCUCGCCGUUGUCCGCCGCUGUCUGUCAACUUAUACAUGAAAUAAAACGUAUGGUGUUGUAGUAGACUAAGUAUAAAACUAUAAACACGAA